AUGGUCAAGUUGAUGGGCUUCCUGCUCUUGCAUGGACCCACAAGCAUAAGAGGCAGUGAUGAACCUGCCGAACUUGAUCUAAUAUUCACAAGUGAAGUCAACUUUCAUACUGAAAGUGAAGUCAACUUUCAUACUGAAAGUGAGCCCGAGACACACUUGGUGUGGGAGAGAUUACCUGUUGCAAGUGAGAGACUACCUGUUGCAAGUGAGAGACUACCUGUUGCAAGUGAGAGACUACCUGUUGCAAGUGAGAGACUACCUGUUGCAAGUGAGAGACGACCUGUAGCAAGUGAGAGACUACCUGUAGCAAGUGAGAGACUACCUGUAGCAAGUGAGAGACUACCUGUUGCAAGUGAGAGACUACCUGUUGCAAGUGAGAGACUACCUGUUGCAAGUGAGAGACGACCUGUUGCAAGUGAGAGACUACCUGUUGCCAGUGAGAGACUACCUGUUGCAAGUGAGAGACUACCUGUAGCAAGUGAGAGACUACCUGUUGCAAGUGAGAGACUACCUGUUGCAAGUGAGAGACUACCUGUUGCAAGUGAGAGACGACCUGUUGCAAGUGAGAGACUACCUGUAGCAAGUGAGAGACUACCUGUAGCAAGUGAGAGACUACCUGUAGCAAGUGAGAGACUACCUGUUGCAAGUGAGAGACUACCUGUAGCAAGUGAGAGACUACCUGUUGCCAGUGAGAGACGACCUGUUGCCAGUGAGAGACGAUCUGUUGCCAGUGAGAGACUACCUGUUACAAGUGAGAGACGACCUGUUGCAAGUGAGAGACUACCUGUUGCAAGUGAGAGACUACCUGUUGCAAGUGAGAGACGACCUGUUGCAAGUGAGAGACUACCUGUUGCAAGUGAGAGACUACCUGUUGCAAGUGAGAGACUACCUGUUACAAGUGAGAGACGACCUGUUGCAAGUGAGAGACUACCUGUUGCAAGUGAGAGACUACCUGUUCAAGUGAGAGACUACCUGCUGCAAGUGAGACAGCCUGUUACAAGUGAGGAACGACCUGUUGCAAGUGAGAGACGACCUGUUGCAAGUGAGAGACGACCUGUUGCAAGUGAGAGACGAUCUGUUGCAAGUGAGAGACUACCUGUUGCAAGUGAGGAACGACCUGUUGCGAGUGAGGAACGACCUGUUUCAAGUGAGGAACGACCUGUUGCAAGUGAGAGACUACCUGCUGCAAGUGAGGAACGACCUGCUGCAAGUGAAAGACGACCUGUAACAAGUGAGAGACUACCUGUUGCAAGUGAGAGACGACCUGUUACAAGUGAGAGACGACCUGUUGCAAGUGAAAGACGACCUGUUGCAAGUGAGAGACGACCUAUUGCAAGUGAAAGACGACCUGUUGCAAGUGAGAGACGACCUGUUGCAAGUGAGAGACGAGGCUGUGACUAG